AUGUUCACAUAUUUUCCCGUAUGGGAUAUAUCCUUCGACGUUGCCUUUGUCUUCACACUGGGCAGCGUAGUAUGGCUAUUCAAUGCCUUCUUCGUGUUCCUGCCGCUGGUACAACCCGAUUCGGAAUUCGCGAACGAGGAAUUGUAUGGUGGGGGCAUAACAGCGUUUGUCGGGGUCUGCAUCUUCGAGGUGGGGUCAUUCCUCCUCGUGGCAGAAGCUGUGAACGAGGGCCGAUCGGGGUGCUUUGGAUGGGCGGUGGAGCAGAUUCUUUUGCAUGAAGAGGAGGGGGACGUACGCGUAGAGCUGCGGCCGUCCAAGUCACAUUGCACGCACCAUCACAACAAACGGAAUGCUGUCGGGACUCGACAAAUCGCUGAACCAAAGCCCAAUUUGGAGCCGCAAGAGCGUUCCUGGGUCUGGUGGCCGUCAAAUGAAGAACUACGGACCCACUACAUUCACAACCUCGGGUUUAUAGCGUCCGUGUCCCAGCUGCUCGGCGCAACAAUCUUUUGGGUCGCGGGCCUGACAGCACUUCCAGGCAUAUACGAUCAGAUGUCGCAGACCAUUACCAUUAUCCUCUACUGGACUACUCAAGUUGUUGGCGGUAUAGGAUUCAUCAUUUCCGGAGCCCUCUUCAUGAUCGAGACUCAGUCCAAAUGGUGGAAACCAGCUCCUCGAACGCUGGGAUGGUGGGUUGGGGCCUGGAACCUCAUAGGUGGCAUCGGCUUCACGCUGUGUCCGGCGUUCGGAUAUGAUACUAGGAGCUGGGCGCAAUACCAGGCGUCGCUCAGUACCUUCUGGGGUAGUUGGGCGUUUAUGAUUGGAAGUACACUUCAGUGGUAUGAGAGUCUGGAAAAGUAUCCUGUGCAAGUUGAGAGUGCCAGGUAG